AUGGCCAAGUCAAAAGCGCACCACCGCACGCUACUACAGCGCCUGCUCGCCUCUGACAUUGACUCCCUGGAGGACGUGGACGCCUACAUGACGGACUAUCAGCGGCGCAUCCACUGCAUCGAUCCGCCAGCGGUGCCAUUUAUCGCGGUUGGUGGGCGUACCCAACUCAUCCAUCUGGAACACAAGAUACCCAACUAUGUGAAUCAGCUGAAGUCACCGGAGCGCGUGGAGGGGAGCAAUAUGCCGGUGUCCACGGCCGCACAGUCUGGACCUGAUGGUAGUGGCGGUGGUAGUGGUGAUGUCGGCGGGAUGUCGGAAGAACGCCCCACACCCCCAGAGUCCUCCAGCCUGCUGAUAAACUUUUUCAAGUGUCAGCAGAUUGCUGACCUCGUCGAACACUACCUGUCCUUCCAGAUGACUCCCUUCAAUCUGCAGUCUGAUCCGGUCAUUCAGGAGCUCCUCAACAACCUGGAUCCUCUUGGCCUGGCUGGCGUCCCUGAUGAGGCGGCGUUUGAUGACCUAAUGUUCCAACAGUCCCUUGCCAUCCAGCCUAGGGAGCAGUCCUCGGGCAGCUCCUCGGGAGGCGGCGGCUCUACAACCAACGACUCGCGUCAGGGCGCU